CCCGCAGCAGCGGGGCAGCGGAGAGGAGCGAGGAGGACAGACCGACGGAGGGACGGACCGACGGGGACGUGACUAGCAGGUGGGCAGCAGCCGUUGCAUCGCCGUCUCCUCCGCGGCUCAGCCGCCUGGUACAUGAACCCGCGCGCGUGGGAACGAGGAGUCUGACCGUCGACGCACUUUUAAGACAGACGAAGAGAGGAAGGAGCGAAGGAAGGAGGCGAGGGAGGAGACACAAGGAGUUGACAUGCAGGUACCGACAGCGAGGAGGAGGAGGGUCCAGUGUCCCGCGUGCUGGUGACUGUCUUCAGCCUUCACCCGGUGGCCAUGAAGGACACGGGGGAGUCAAAGGAGCACCAACUAACGGUUGCCUUGAGGAUCCGACCCCUCAGCGAUGCCGAGCAGGAGGAGGCGGCUACGGUCGUGGCCCACAGAGUGGACGACCAGAUGGUGGUUCUGAUGGACCCCAUGGAGGACCCCGAUGACAUCCUGCGUGCCAACCGCUCCAGGGAGAAAACGUACAUGUUUGAUGUGGCGUUCGACUACUCAGCCAAUCAGGAGGAUGUGUACCGGGCCACAACCAAAGGGCUGAUUGAGGGCCUCAUAUCAGGCUACAACGCCACCGUGUUUGCAUACGGACCCACAGGCUGUGGGAAGACGUACACCAUGCUGGGGACCGACAAGGAGCCGGGCAUCUACGUCCAGACGCUGAACGACCUGUUCCGUGCCAUCGAGGAGACGAGCGACGACAUGCUGUACAGCGUCUCCAUGUCCUAUCUGGAGAUCUACAAUGAGAUGAUCCGGGACCUGCUGAACCCAUCCUCGGGCUUCUUGGACCUGAGGGAAGAUUCUAAAGGCGUGAUCCAGGUUGCUGGAAUCACCGAGGUGUCGACCAUCAACGCACAAGAGAUCAUGGAGUUGCUGAUGAGGGGCAACAAGCAGCGCACACAGGAGCCGACAGCCGCCAACAAGACGUCCUCUCGCUCCCACGCCGUUCUGCAGGUCGCCGUGAAGCAGCAGAGCCGCUGCCGAGACGUCCUGCAGGAGGUGCGCUUUGCUCGCCUCUUCAUGAUCGACCUCGCCGGCUCCGAACGAGCGGCACACACUCAGAAUAGGGGUCAGAGGUUGAAGGAGGGGGCCCACAUCAACCGCUCCCUCCUGGCUUUGGGCAACUGCAUCAACGCCCUGAGUGACAAAAAUGGCAACAAGUAUGUCAACUAUCGAGACAGCAAGUUGACUCGACUACUAAAGGACUCGUUGGGCGGGAACAGCCGGACGGUCAUGAUAGCCCACAUUAGCCCCGCCUCUGUGGGCUUUGAGGAGUCUCGGAACACGCUGGCGUACGCCGACCGUGCCAAAAGCAUCCGCACACGGGUCAAGCAGAACCUGAUCAACGUGUCCUACCACGUCGCUCAGUACACCAACAUCAUCUCAGACCUGCGCUGCGAGAUCCAGCGGCUCAAGAAGAAGAUCGCAGACCAGGCGAGCCGGCAGCUCAGCUCCGACCGGGCCGACAUCCGCCAUGUCCAGGCGGAGGUCCAGGCCCACUCCAGCCACCAGAGUCGGGCGGAGAUGGACCAGUUGAGGGAGCAGCUGCUGGAUGCCUUCCGCAAACAGAUGGAGAUCAGGAGGAACCUGAUGGAGCUGGAAAACAGCAACAUGGAGGUCCAGAUCGACACCUCCAAACACCUGUUGACCAUUGCAGACUGGGAACAGGAGCGCAGUCGACGCAGGAGGAAGUGGCGCGCUGAAAGGAGGAAGGAAAGUGUCAAGAAGGACGAGAGCGAGAAGGACUCCGACUCCCGGGAGUCUCCUCCAGACGGCACGGAGACCCAGCAGGUGGCGCUGGCCCGAGAAAACCUGGUUACACUCGUGGCGGAACAGAAGAAAAUCCACAAACAGAAGGCGUUGCUCGAGCGCAGGUUCCUGGAGCUUCGGGAUCGGGCCCGGCGCCUGGAGGAGCUGCUGCCUCGCCGCGUGAGCUCGGAGGAGCAGCGCGAGGUCCUGAGCCUCCUCUGCAAGGUCCACGAGCUGGAGAUCGAGAACACGGAGAUGCAGUCCAACGCGCUGCUCAAGGACAACGUCAUCCGCCACAAGAACUUUGUGGUGCAGCGCUUCGAGCGGCACAGGCACCUGUGCGACGAGGUCAUCCAGCAGCAGAGGCAGUUCAUCGUCGACCACAGCCUGUUGGUGCCGCCGCACCUCCAGGAGCUGUACGAGAUGUACAUGAGGGCGCUGGAUGAGGGGAAGCUGGACAGAGCCAUGGCCCUGGACAAGGUGACCACCAGACACACCAUCAAGGAGGGCUCUCUACCCAAGAUCACGCUGCCCGGUCAGGGUCGUGACAACAUGCAGGACUUGGACUCGGACCAGGAGAGCGUGCGCAACAUGUACUCUGAUAUCAGACGAGGCCAAGCCAAGAUCCGUAGACACACUUUGCCCCCCAUUCUGCCCGAGCCGGAGCUCGACAAUAACAGAGUUUUUAAGAGCAGUCCUCAUGCCAGGCAAAUGAAAAGCUCCUCUGUCGUGACUCCGCCUCCCAUCCACAUAAACGGGAGAGGCAACAGAGAGCUGCAGCCGCUGGCUCCUGAGAGCUCGCUGAGCUACAGCGUCAGCAGCCACCUGGACUCGUCACCCGAGAGCAGCGAGGCCGGGGCCGACAUCCCCCUGUUACAGAGCGAGCGGCAGCAGAUCCUAAAGGGGGUCCAGAACAUCGUAGUGAAAGCCGCCCGUCGGCGCUCCAAAGCCCUGGAGGUGGACGCCUUGCGGUUGCCCCGCCCCCACUCCCCCCUGGACCCCAAGAAGCAGCAGAGCAGCCUCUCUCUGAGCGAAGCCCCCCCAAGAGGUUUGCCCAUGCGCCGCGGCAGGCAGCCCAGCCCCGAGCUCAGACACGCCACCUCGGACGACAACCUGUCCAGCAGCACGGGCGAGGGGCCCGGCCUGCAAGUGACCUGGACCCGGCCACGGAACCGCCAGGUCGCCACCAAGACCCAAACGGACCUCGAGGCUCGCCGCAAGAAGAGGCGCUCUCGCUCCUUCGAGGUCACUGGCCAAGCACGGCCUCAAACCAAGACGGCCACAGCUCAGAGGUUCCGUCCUCUGGACAGCACAUCCGACCACCAUCUCUACAACGUGCAGCCGCAGGCCCCCAUGCUCCGCCCCCAGUACAGAGGGGUCCCUCCUCUCGCCAAAAUCCGGACGCCCCACAACAUCCAGCAAACAGGUGAACCGCCGAGACGCGCUCCUCUGCAGCGGGCUUCUCACCCAGCUUGGUUUCCUCUUCCUCGUCUUCCUCCAGGCUCGAGCGCGGAGCCCUCCAGCGCCCACAUCAACAGCCUGAAGCGAGGGCCCCAUCUGCGUCAGCCCCAGCCCCUCCUCUACCUCACCACCACAGGCACCGGGGGCCAGCGCACACGCAGACACUGAGCCGCCGCCCACCGUUCAUCCGUACCACCAGCAGUAACACCCAAACCAGCGGCGCCUGGAGGGGAACCCCCGAGAGCACCCUAACCCGACCUCGCGGGGCGGUACCACGGCGGCGACCCGGCUCCACGCAGGUCUCGUCCGGGCUUUGCUGUGUACAUUUGCGAGCUCUGUUCCGUCACGUGUUUCCAGCUUACCGUGGUGCUGAGCUGUGUGUCAUCCUGAAGUCAGGAUGGCGUCACGCUCCCCGUGCUGCACUGUACUCAUGUCUGUGCGUUCCGAGUAUUUACGGUUUGGUCAUGAAGCCUUCAGCUGAUUGGGGAUGUUUAUGAGGGCUCAACCUCAUUGUCAUGAUAUCAAUGACCAUCGGGAACUGAGUUGCUUUACUAGACAAAGCAUAACAAAUUAAAGGAUAUGACACUAAUGGCAAUGUAAAUUGGUAUAAUAAGAAAUGGCCUACUGUCAAAUUAUUUCAUUGUCGUUUUUUCUUGUGAGGUUUUCUCAAUUUAUUGACAGUAAUGUUUGAGUGAAAAAUAACAACAACAAACUUGGAUCAUCUUGAUUGUUGUACACUUGUGGAUUCAAACUCAAUGUUGUAUUCUCAGUCUUUGCCUUUCUUACCCAGACGUGACUGUUUAAUGUCAUGUGUAGAUGUAUCGCACCACAAUUUGCUUUUUCCAGAUUAGUUGGCUGUAUUUUUAAUUAAUUAUUUAACUAUUGCCUUUUCUUUUACGUUGUUGUUGUUAUCAACCUUGUUUUCAUAAUUGCUACUUUCUAUGCUUUAUUUUGUACUUUUUUUUUUUUUUACCAAAAUAAAUUCAAAGACACAAGUGAAA